UGCAGCAUCUCCACUGUGUUUCUAAUCUAGUGGCAUUAUUUUUAUCAUAUUGUGUUUGAUUCUUUUCUAACCAUAAUGAUGAAGGGUUACGCAGUUGGAUGGUGUCUUUUCUUCCUAGCCGCCAUGUUUCCAGGUGACAGCUCCGCCCAGGCUGCCUCCCGCUCUGAGCUCCACUCUGAGGCUCCGAUCUACCAGCCGCCGGUCCUGCGGCCCUCUGAAACCACUCCUCCCACAGGGACCUACGUGAUAAAAGACAAUAAAGGGAACCCCUGCAUCAAAGCCACCAUGGGAGCAGGAUACAUUGUCCUCGAGAAGAAGAAGACCUGGUAUUUCAACCUGGAGCCCUCCAGGGUCAUAUCUGAUGGUAAAUGUGACAAAGACACUGCUGUUCUUACUCUCACGCUGCCGGGUAAUGCUUCCAGUCUGCAGUUCACCUUCAGAAAGGAAAAGAGUCUUGUCUACGUCAGCAAGCUGACUGCUUACGUGUCUCCUCUGCCUGUCUGCCAGGGCUGCGCCAAUAAGACUUACUCAGGUUUAAUGGCAAAUGUCAAGUUGUUUGGAGCAGCUGAUGGUAAGAGCUUCAAGUGCAAAUCUGAGACUCUGCUCAUGACCUCUUCCGUACUGAACGUCAGGCUGGUCCCUCUGCAGAUGCAAGCCUUCAGCGUGCCCAAAGAACAGUAUGGAAAAGAGGUGGAGUGUUGGGCUGAUUUUGACAAGAGGGUCAUUCCCAUCAUGAUCGGGGCCGCAGUGGUGACCAUCUGCCUGAUCGCUGUGCUGACCUACUUGUUCAUCAGAGACCGCCCCAGACAAGGCUACAACAGGUUCUGAACCCGACGUAAACCUGGAUGCAGAUACGUCAUACUCAGUACCUGUUACAAAAAGUUCUCAGAUUUCCUCUCCUUAACUUGUAUUUGACUUUUUUUUCUCCAGUGCUGCAUCUGAUAUCAUCUAAUACAAGCCUAAUAUCUAAUAUUUAGCCUGUAAAUGCAAACAGUAAGCCUAUUGUUGAACUUAUUUAUCUGACUAUUGUUUCUUUAACUUUUUUUAAAAAUUUUUUACAUUCUCUUUGUAACUACUUACUACCUGAAUUUCAUUUGUCUUUCAUUCUGCUUUCAGUGAUACUUUUUGUCAUCUGCUGUUUGUUGUAAUAUCCUGAUUUGUUCCUUAUUCAACAGUUAUUUAAUAAAAAGAGAAGU